UGAAGUCUGUGGAUACCGGAAGUGUCAUGUUAGCUUACCGCAGCUAAUUCUACCUUCUGAGUGAGUGAGUGUGAAUGUGUGUGUGUGUGUUGUGUUCAGCUCUUCAAAAUGUUACCUUUAUCAAUUAAAGACGACGAGUACAAACCUGCCAAGUUUAACCUCCUGCUCAAGCUGUCGGGAUGGUUCCGGUCCAUCCUCGCAGAUAAAACCUCCAGGAAUCUGUUCUUCUUCCUCUGCCUGAAUCUGUCCUUCGCUUUUGUGGAGUUGACCUACGGCAUCUGGAGUAACAGUUUAGGGCUCAUCUCAGACUCCUUCCACAUGUUCUUCGACUGUACUGCUCUUCUGGCUGGGCUGGCGGCCUCAGUCAUCUCCAGGUGGAGGUCCAACGACAGCUUCUCCUACGGGUAUGUCAGAGCUGAAGUUCUGGCUGGUUUCGUCAAUGGACUGUUCCUGAUUUUCACAGCGUUUUUCAUCUUCUCAGAAGGAGUGGAGAGAGCUCUGGAACCUCCUGACGUCCACCAUGAGCGUCUUCUUCCCGUCUCUGUGGCCGGUCUGCUCGUUAAUCUGGUGGGGAUCUUCGUUUUUCAACAUGGAGGACACGGACACUCACACGGAGACGGAGGUCAUGGUCACAGUCACUCUCUGUUCAACGGCAGCUUAAACCAUGGACACAGUCAUGGAGGACAUGACCACAGCAAACAUGGACAUGGACACGGAGGACACGGACACAGUCAUGGAGGACACGGACACAGCCAUGAUGGUCACGGGGGUCACGGACACAGCCAUGAGGAACCCCUCUGUCAUGAUGAACACACACCAGGAAAAGGCUCCAGCAAACAGAUCCUUCAGGGUGUUCUCCUCCACAUCAUCGCUGACACGUUAGGUAGUGUCGGUGUCAUCAUCUCCGCUCUGCUGAUGCAGAAGUACGACCUGAUGAUCGCAGACCCCAUCUGCUCCAUGCUCAUCGCCAUCCUCAUCGGAGUCAGUGUGGUCCCGUUACUCCAAGAGUCCAUUGGGAUCCUGAUGCAGCGGACUCCGCCCUCUUUGGACCACGCCCUCCCAGAGUGCUACCAGAGGGUGCAGCAGCUGCAGGGCGUUUAUAACCUGCAGGAGCCGCACUUCUGGACCCUGUGCACCGACGUCUACAUCGGAACGCUGAAGCUGCUGGUGGCCCCUGACGCAGACCAGCGCUGGAUCCAGAGCCAGACGCACCACAUUUUCACACAGGUGGGAGUUCGACAGCUGUACGUCCAGAUCGAUAAGGCCGCCAUGUAGAAGCUCCACCCCCUCCUCCCAGACCGCCGAGACCAAAGCCCUGACCUUUGACCCCUGCGGUCGCUGCAGGACAGACUGGGGUCAGGUGAAGGGGGGAGGGGCCAAGGACUGUGACCCCAUGAACUCAAACAGCCCCUCCCCGUUUCCGGUUUUACUUUUGGUUGGAUUUUUUAAAAUAAUCUGUCUGUGUCAGUGAGAGGUGUGGCCUCAGCCAGAGGCGUGGCCUCAGCGGGACUCUGCCCCUCCCCCACUUCCAGCAGCACUUUGUAGACGCGAGCAAAGCAUUGUGGGUAAGUGCCUUCAUCAGAGACAAUCGGAGCCCGGCCCCGCCCCCGCUGACUUCACCGCCGGACCGGAUGGCCCAUUGGUCCGUGGUGCAAGACUUGUUUGUAUGUGCCAAACCAUGUGACCAAACCAUGUGACCAAACCAUGUGACCAGGGUUUUUCAACUGUAAUAAACUCUAAGUCUGUUCUACUGA